AUGCCUCGUGUCGCACUCGUCCAGUUUGCGCCGCUCUCGCCGUCGUCUUCGGACCUCCCCACCUCUGCCUCGCAGAAGAACUCCGACGACGACGACAACCCUGCGACUCUCUCGUCGCAGUACAACUUGCAGCGUGCGCACGACUACGUCAGGCAGGCGGCGAGGCAGGGCGCGGAGCUCGUCUGCUUCCCCGAGUACUUUCUUUCUGGCGUCGUCUCGUCACCCUCGCACUGGCACCUUGCCCAAGUCCCGCACCACCAGCACCCUCCGCUGUCCUCCGUUCCCUCCUCGACCUCGCACACCGAAGCCGAACACUGGCUCCAAUCCUUCCGCACCCUUGCGCGCGAACUCAAGGUCGACAUCGCCGUCGGCACGAUUGUCGAGCGCGCGGUUGACGAGAAGACGGGAGAGGAGCUGAGCAAGGAGGUCGAGGUUGAGGAUGACGAGACGGGCGAGAAGAAGAAGGAGAGGCGGCCGAUCCUCGAGAACGUCGCGUACUACGUCGACUGGAAUGGAGAGGUCCUCGGGCGGUACACAAAACGGAACCUUUGGUGGCCCGAGAAGGAGUACCUCUGCGAAGGAUCGGAGGACCACCAGAUCUUCGACACGCGCUUUGGCAAAGUCGGCAUGCUCAUCUGCUGGGACCUCGCCUGGCCCUCCGCCUUCCGCCGUCUCCUCCUCCUCGGCGCCGAGAUGAUCAUCGCCCCGACGUACUGGACCGCGACCGAUGCCGGCGAAGUUGGCCUGCGCCACAACCCGCACAGCGAGAGGGAGUACCUCGAGUGCUUGGUCAAGACGCGCGCGUGGGAGAACGAGUGCGCCUUGCUGUUCACGAACGUCGCUGCGCCCGCGUCAUGGUCUCCCGGCGAUCCCAUCGGAAACGAAGAAGGCCGGAUCGGGUGUUCGCAGGUUUGCCUGCCGUUCAAGGGCGCCAUCGCUCACGCCAAGGGACCACAGGAGGAGGUCGUCUUCGCUGACUUUGACCUCUCGAUUCUCGAGGACGCUCGUCAAGUGUACGGUGUCAGGCGUGAUUUGAUUACGAAGCUGAAGGAGAAGGGAGAGUUGCCGGACUGGGUUAUCGAGUAA